AUGUCCAAGCUGCCCGUGUCCGAGUUCGUGUUCGAAUCCGUCGAGCAAAAAAUGAGAGAAAUGAACGGCUACGCCCGUACAGGAAACACCCUGCAACUUCACUCCAAAAUUAAAAACGACCCUUUUAUCCUCCAAAAAAUCGACAAAAUCCCGUUCGCCCACACUCCCCUGCAUGAGGCCGCAGCCACCGGUCAGACCAUCUUUGCAAUCGAGAUCAUGAGCCUGCAGCCAUCACUGGGGCGGAAGCUCGACCCGCAGGGGCUCAGCCCGCUGCACUUAGCCCUCAAGAAUGGCCACAAGAAAAUGGCCAUUUCUCUAGUGAAGUUCGAUAAGCAGCUCGUGCGGGUCAGAGGGUUCGAGGGGUUCACCCCAUUGCAUUAUGCCGCGAGAUACUAUCCGGAUCUUGAUGUGCUGGCAUGCUUCUUGCUUGAAUGCCAAGCGUCGAUAAACGACCUGAACAGUCGGUUCCAGAGCGCGGUGCAUUUGGUGAUGGAGAGUGAGAACAGCAAGGCCAUUGACCUGGUCUUGAUGUGGCUCGUGAGGACGGCUCGGGAGCCGGUUCUUGGGUGGAAGGACAAGGACUCGGACACCGCCCUACAUGUGGCUGCUCGACAUGAUUGCGUAGAGGCGGUGAAAGCCAUGGUGAAGAUCGCCAAACUAAACAAACGAAACUCCAGCAACCAAACCCCUCUCGAUGUGGCCCACGAAUCCGGCAACAAAAAAGUGUCCGAGGUCCUAAUCAAGGCCCGCGCCAAGAAGGGCGGAGACCUCGCGCGCAAGGAAACUAGGGCCGACUAUCUGUGCUCCGGCACGAACCUCCUCGAGACAGGCAUCCGCGGCUACUGCUUCCUCCUCAAGGACCUCACCGUCGAGAUGCGCAGCGUCGUCCUCGUCGUGGCCAUCCUCAUCGCCACCGCCACCUACCAGGCCGUCCUCCAGCCCCCCGGCGGUGUCUACCCACCCGACUCCUCCUCCUCCUCUCCCUCUCCCCCGACCAUUAGGAUCUCCGGCGGCCGCCGCUCCCUGGGGACUCCAGUGCCGGCGCCGGCUCCGGCGCCGGAGGAGCAGUCGGAGGCAGGGAAAAUGGUGAUGGAGAGCGGGAUGUACGUGCAGUUCAUGCCGGCAAACACGUUGGCGUUCACGCUGUCGAUGGUGAUAAUAAUAUUCGUGCUGCACGGGCGGCCGUACAACAUUAUACUUCACGGGUGCCUGAUAUUCCUGGCGUACAGCUACCUGGUGGCGAUGGAGUCGAUCGCGGGGGAGAAAGAGGGAGGGGUGGCGCAGCUGAUGUUCGUGCUGUCGUGGGGGGUGUUGUCGUCGGCGUUCGGGGUGAAGAUGCUGUACUACUUGGUGAAGGCGCUGUUCGAGGACGUGUGGUGGCUGCCAAGGUGCGGGGUCGCGUGGCACAACUGGUCGUACAGGGCGGGCUGUCCACUCUGUCGCCGGUGCAUGUCGCUAGCGCGAAAUCUCAGGAGGCAGUGCAAGUUGAUUCAGAGGCUCGAAAUAUGA